AUGGGUGUAGCUGAGUCGACUUCUUUGAGCCACCUAACCAUCCUACUUCUCCUCAGCGGACAAGUUGAAACCAACCCUGGUCCAUCAACUAGUGCUCCUGAGACAUUUCCAUGUGCCAUCUGUGGGGAUGAAGUGAGAGACAACGACCCUGCUCUCUUAUGCGAUCACUGCGACUGCUGGUGCCACAUCUCAUGUGUCGGUAUCUCCCCAGACUCCUAUGAUAUCUUGACGAAGAAGUCCAGGAGCUUCGCUUGGGUGUGCUGCCAGUGUUCCUCUACCAACAUAGGGUCAAGCAGCUCGCUGCAAGGUCUUAACCUCUCACAGACCAAUCGUUUCUCACCCCUUCACCACGACUCCAGUAAUGAAGAAAUCCUUCCCUCCAUCAACCCUCUAACCUCUACGCCUACAUCGAGCCCUGGGGGAUGUCGUCAACCACGAUUUCACCCUCCAUCAAGAAAUCGCAAAAAGGCAUUUAAAGUGAUGGUUGUAAACUGCAAUGGUCUUAAGGGGAAUGCUAAAAAAUCAAGCUUCCAUGCAGCUAUUGCUCACCACACUCCUGAUUUUGUUUUUGGUUGUGAAUCAAAACUGGAUGACAGCUUAUCAUCAUACUCGAUCUUCCCAAGCAAUUACUCCAUCUACCGUAAGGACAGAAACAUCCAUGGAGGUGGUGUUUUCAUAGCAAUCAUCGACACGCUAAUUGUCACUGAAUGUCCAGAGUUUGACUCAGACUGUGAGAUACAGUGGUGCAACGUGCAACUUGCAAAUGCCAAGCCACUGUAUAUUGGUAGCUACUACUGCCCCCCCAACAACAGACAACAAGGUCUUGAAGGCUUGCACCAGUCAUUGUCCAAGAUUAUGACAAGGCACCGGCGCAGCCACCCUAACAUCUUGAUAGCCGGCGACUUUAAUCACCCAGACAUCAACUGGGAUGACCAGUCGACUACAAAUCCAGCCACUUCUACUUGUCACCAGAAGCUGUUGGAUAUCCUUUUGCACAACUCCUUGUCUCAAACAGUCAGGGAAGUCACCCGACCUUCAUCCAACAACAUCCUGGAUCUAGUUGUGACGUCAAAUCCCGCCCUGGUUGAGAAUGUGUGCGUAAAGUCUGGGAUAUCAGACCACAACAUCGUCACUUUUACUCUUGCUGCAAAUCCAAAGAUCUCUGUCAAGCCCCUGAGGAAGAUCUACCAGUUCCACAAAGCUGACGAACAGCAACUGAGAGAUGCAGCAGCCGAAUUUGCGACGGAAUUCCUCCAAUCAGAUCCAGAAAGAAGAUCAGUGGAGACAAACUGGUCUAUCAUUGUCAACUUCUUGAACAGGAACCAAGUUGCCAAGAAUGUGCACAGAGCACGUUGUGAGUACGUCAACAACAUCACUGGGGCAAGCCUUAAGGACAACCCAAAGUCUUUCUGGUCUUACAUCAAGACAUGUCGUUCUGAAAACAUUGGUAUUCCUACCUUGCGUACUCCAUCUAAACUAUGCGCCUCAGCAUUAGACAAGGCAGAGACACUGAACGACUACUUCCAGUCUGUCUUCACUCCUCACCAGCUCCAACCUCUUGUACAGAAAGGACCUUCUCCUUUUCCAACUAUUGGUCACCUGCAUGUUCACAGGACUGGUGUCGAGAAACGCCUCCAACAACUGGACCCUUCAAAGGCCAGCGGACCUGAUGAACUUCCACCCAAGCUCCUAAAGUUGGUAGCUCGCGAGAUUGCUUCUCCACUGUCCUUCCUGUUUCAACAAAGCUACAACAGUGGCAUCGUUCCAGCCCAAUGGAAACAAGCACUGGUUACCCCUAUUCACAAGUCGGGAGAAAAGUGUGACCCCUCCAACUACAGACCGAUCUCACUUACCUGCGUUUGCUGCAAAGUCAUGGAACACAUCAUCCUGAGCCAUGUGUCGAAGCAUGUUGCAGUGAAUAAUAUCCUCACUGAUGCACAGCAUGGCUUCCGACGAGGGUUGUCAACAACCACUCAAUUGACAACAGCCGUCCACGACUGGUCCUCCAUCCUACAGCAGCGUAGCCAAGCUGAUAUAAUCUUCUUGGACUUCAAGAAGGCGUUUGAUCGAGUACCACACCUUCUCCUGUCAACCAAACUUCAGUACUAUGGAAUAAGUGGUGACUCACUCCAGUGGAUAAUGUCUCUCCUCACUGAUAGACAGCAGGCAGUUGUAGUUGAUGGAUCCAAAUCAACAUGGAGGGAUGUAACAUCUGGAGUCCCCCAGGGAUCCGUCAUCGGCCCUACCCUCUUCCUGUUGUAUAUCAACGAUAUCCAAGACAACAUCCAGUCCACAAUGCGUCUCUUCGCAGAUGACAGCACCCUCUAUCGUGAGAUUCGAUGCCCUGAGGACCAUCAAAUCCUAAAGGACGAUCUCCAACAGCUGUCCAGGUGGUCUUCAAACUGGAUGAUGGACUUCAACGUGAAAAAGUGCGCUAUCCUCACCAUCACACGGAAGCGUACUCCCAGCAUCCGAGAAUACCACCUGUCAAAUGGACUGAUUCCGAGAGUGAAAGAGUACAAGUACCUUGGAGUAACGGUUGCUGCUGAUCUCCGUUGGAACAAGCACUGCCAAACCAUCCGGCAUAAAGCAAGCCGUACUCUAGGUCUUCUUCGCAGGACUCUCUCACCCUGUACCAGGGAUGUAAAGUCCAGGGCCUACACAGCCUUAGUGCGCCCCCAAUUGGAGUAUGCCUCGGAGGCUUGGAACCCACACAGCGUCACGGUCACAAAAAUGCUAGAGCAAGUACAAAGAACAGCGGCUCGCUUUGUGUACCGUGACUACAGAUACACCACAUCACCAUCAGCUCUUGUGGCAGCUCUAGGGUGGGACACGCUUCACACACGUCGAAUCCUCGACCAAUGCACCCUUCUCUACAAGAUCCAUCACCGACUUGUCUCCAUACCUGCACCAACUAUUGUUAUCCCCGCUACAUACUUCGGAAGACAUGACCACAACCUGAAGUAUGUAAUUCCUGUUGCAACUAUCGACUCCUUCAAGUUCUCAUACUACCCAAGAGCAAUAAGGAUCUGGAACCAUCUGCCAGGCUCUGCAGUCAAUGCAACAGGAAUAACCAACUUCCAGGAGGCUGCUCUACCCUCCAUCAGAACGAUGCAGCCCCCCAUUGGUUCUCACAUCAUAUAA